AUGAAAGCCUCAUCAUCACGCCUCCUCGUCUUGUGUUGUGGUCUAUUGUUGAUUCUCGGCCACUUGAUUGAGGCACAAAAGGUAAAGAUUGAUUCUACCUUUGGUACAAAGAAUAUGGUGGUGAAUGAUUUUGUUCAAUAUAAUUUUCCUAUUGUGAUUCAACAAACACAAUGUGCUUUACAAGUCUCGUUUGAUUAUAAUAUUAAUGUUGGUAUGAAUGCCUCUCGAUUUGCUUUCACUGCUGAGACUUUAUCACCCAAUCCAUUCGGAACACUUCAUACUCCAGCUACUACUAAUUUGAAGAUUUAUGGAUUGUACAAGAUUACUUUUGAAGAUUUUGAUCCAAACACUGGAAGUUUAGAUAUUACAGUUGUUUUGAGUAAUCCUAGUGGUUUCUUGAAUGUUAAUCCAUUCUCGAUGAUAUUUUACAAGAAGGCUGAUGCUACAUUGAUGGGAGAAUUUGUUGAUGCUGAAUCUCAUGCAUUUUCUGAUUCUGUCAUGAUUGCAACUAAUUAUAACAACUUGUUGACACAAAAUUUAUUGGUUGCUGGUUUGUAUGGUGAUUUAGCUCAAUCAGUUCAAUCUAGAAUUGACAAGUCAAAUACUGUUCCAGGUCCAACAACUUUCCUCUUUGACAUUCUUCCAAGUAUGAGUCAAUCCCUUAUUAUUGCAUUCCCAAAUCAAAAGCCAGCCAAGACUCCUCCAACCUUUACUUUGUCUGAAUAUAAUGAUUUUGAACCGACUGCUGUUCCAAAGGGUUAUGUUUCUCUCCACUCUUAUCAACUCUCCACUUCUGUUGAUCCUCCAACAUUUUCUGGUUCUACUUGGAGUUUAAGUUUUGAUGCCACUGUUGGAUUUUUUUUAAAUGACGAGAAGACUCCUGUUGAAAUUCAACCAUCAAGUCUUACAUGUGCCUGUACUGCAAACUCUGAUGAAAUUUAUCAAAAAGUGGAAAGCAGAGUUAGUACCGAUAAGUUGACUUGUAAGAUUGAAGAUCCAACAACAUGUGUCUAUCCAAUGAUCAUUGCUAGAUUGGCCCCAAAGGAAUCCGUUCCUGUUCAAGUUACUGACAUGACCUUUGGUCAAACCUUUAGAGAAAAGGUUGAAUAUGGUAAUAAGAAGAUGUUCAAGGUUGUUGUUCCUUCUAGUGUCAAGUUUACCAUUUCUGCCAAGUCACUCUAUCAAGGAGAAACUGCAACAUUGUUUGUUAAUAGUAGAGGCUUCCCUACUGAAACUGUCAAUAUCGCCAGAAAGUCCAUUGAUAAUAAGGAAACUACUGUUACAAUUGAAAAUAAGGAAGUUGGUCCACUCGAUUAUUACAUUUCCAUUGCUCCAGUUUUUGCUGAAGGUGCUGUUAUUAUAUUGAAUGUUGAUUAUAGCUCAUCUCUGGAUGAUAACGCAAUUAUCAUUUUAUCUGUAACCAUUCCAAUGUUCUUUUUGGUUCUAAUUGUUUGUAUGAUUUUGGUUGUCGUUCUCUGUAGAAAGAAGAAGCCAGUUAUUGAAAGUGAUCCUUCAAUGUUCCACAAGCUUCAAGACAAUCAAUAA